UAGUUUGUCCUUUUCCUCCCCACUUACAAGUUCCCCAGACACCCACGUACACGUUCUAUCUCUUAGCUCCCUGCAGCGGAAUAACACAAGGAUGUCUACUCUAAUCAGGAAGAUUAUUACCACCGCAUUGGCACCUGCAGCUAUCGGCCCGUACAGCCAGGCGGUGCUUGUGGACAGAACCUUGUACAUUUCCGGUCAGCUGGGGAUGGACGUGGCUUCUGGUCAGCUGGUCGAUGGAGGGGUGCAGGCUCAGGCCAAACAGGCUUUGGUCAAUAUGGGGGAGAUCCUAAAAGCGUCUGGCUGCGACUACACUAAUGUGGUGAAGACGACAGUGCUGCUUGCAGACAUCAACGACUUUAAUGCUGUCAAUGAAGUGUACAAGACAUUUUUCAGCAGUAACUUCCCUGCCAGAGCCGCUUACCAAGUGGCUGCGCUCCCUCGAGGCGGUCUGGUGGAAAUCGAGGCGGUGGCGGUCCUUGGUCCUCUCUCCGAUUCCUGACUAGGCAGCUAUAUUAAGUUACAGCAAAUAUCAAGACUAUGAUUUUCUUUAUACACAUGUCCCAACAUGAGCCACUUUCAACACUGGCGUUUAUAUAUAAAAACCCCAAUUAAGAGAUAAGCACUUAAUAGGCCAGUGUUUGGAUUGUGGCACAAUGAUGUGAUGUGUUUUAAUAACCACUGUAAUGUGAAAAUAAAGAAGCAUAAUUACAAUUGUCAUAUUUAU